AUGUUGGAGAAGAAGGAGAACGUUCUUUUAGGGAAGGUUUCUGCAGAGGUGGAUAAAGCUAAAGAGUUUAGCAAAGCGAAGAACAAAAAAGACACUGUUGAUGCAUUGAGGACUGGAGCAGCUGCUAUGAAAGCUAUGCAGAAAGCAACUAACAUUGGCGAUGUCGACAAGACAAUGGAUGAGAUCAAUGAGCAAACAGAAACCAUGAAAGAAAUUCAAAACGCACUGGCAAAUCCCAUUGGCGGCUUUGACUUUGAUGAAGAUGAAUUGGAGGCUGAACUCGAGGAACUAGAAGAAUUAGAGUUGGAGGAACAAAUUCUUGAUACAGAAACAACUUACCCUGUACCUCCAGUCCAUGUCCCACAA